AUGUUCUUCCUGCUGACUGCACUUCAAAUCUUAGCUAUAGCCAUGGUACAGAGCCAAGAGGAUGAGAACAAGAUAAUUGGUGGCUAUGCAUGCACCCGGAACUCCCAACCAUGGCAGGCGGCCCUACUGGCAGGCCCCGAGCGUCGCUUCCUCUGUGGAGGGGUCCUGCUGUCAGACCAGUGGGCCAUCACUGCUGCUCACUGUGCCCGACCGAUCCUUCGGGUAGCCCUGGGCAAGAACAACCUGAACAGAUGGGAAGCCACACAACAGGUGUUGCGUGUGGUUCGCCAAGUGCCACACCCUCAAUACAACUCCCAGACCCACAACAAUGACCUGAUGAUGCUACGGCUGCAGCGACCUGCCCGCCUGGGGAGGGCAGUGGCGCCCAUCACAGUGGCCCAGUCCUGUGCCAGCCCUGGGACCACCUGCCUUGUGUCAGGCUGGGGCACCACAUCCAGCCCCAUUGCCAGGUACCCCGGCUCUCUGCAGUGUGUGAACAUCAGCAUCUUCUCUGAUCAGGAGUGCCGGCAAGCCUAUUCCGGGGCAAUCACUCCUGGCAUGGUUUGUGCAGGGGCCCCCCAGGGAGGCAAGGACGCAUGUCAGGGUGACUCUGGGGGACCCCUGGUGUGUGGAGGACAGCUCCAGGGCCUCGUAUCCUGGGGGAUGGAGAGCUGUGCCCUGCGUGGUUACCCAGGGGUCUACACCAACCUGUGCCAAUACCAAAACUGGAUCCAGGAAACGAUGCGGGACUAGUGAUCAUUGGUGUGGCCUUGCCUGUGGCCACCAGCUUCCUCUUGUGUUUUCCCUGAACCCCUCCUCCCUCAGACUCAGGAGUCCUGCCUCCAGCCCCCUGCUCGCUCAGACCCAGGAGUCCAGGGCCCUAGCCCCCUCCUCUCUCAGGCCUGGGGUCCAGGCCCCAGUCCCCUCUCUCCCUCAAACCCAGGAGUCCAGGCCCCAGUCCCUCCUCCUUCAGACCCAGGAAUCCAGGCCCCCAGCACCCUCCUCCCCCAGACCCAGGAGUCCUGGCCCCAGUCCCCUCCUUCCUCAGACCCAGAAGUCCAGACGCUACCCUCCUGGUCCUUACGUCUGGGUCAGAACUCUCAUUUCUCAAAGAAGUUUCUUCAGGUUUUCU